GAAAGAAGAUGCCUCUACCUUUUGGGUUAAAAUUGAAACGAACUCGACGUUACACAGUAUCCAGCAAAAGUUGCUUGGUGGCUCGCAUCCAGCUGCUCAACAGCGAAUUUGUGGAGUUCACGCUGUCGGUGGAAAGCACAGGCCAGGAAAGCCUGGAAGCAGUGGCUCAGAGACUGGAAUUGCGAGAGAUUACGUAUUUCAGUCUGUGGUAUUAUAAUAAGCAGAAUCAGCGCAGAUGGGUAGAUUUGGACAAGCCUCUGAAAAAGCAGCUGGACAAAUAUGCCUUAGAGCCAACUGUGUAUUUCGGAGUAGUGUUCUAUGUGCCUACUGUUUCUCAGCUUCAGCAGGAGAUUACCAGGUAUCAGUAUUAUUUGCAAUUAAAGAAAGAUAUCUUGGAGGGCAACAUUCCUUGCACGCUGGAACAAGCAAUACAUCUGGCUGGUUUAGCUGUUCAGGCUGAUUUUGGAGACUAUGAUCAGUAUGAAUCUCAGGAGUUCCUACAAAGAUAUGCUUUGUUUCCAGUGGGUUGGCUACAAGAAGAAAAAAUACUGGAAGAAGCAACACAGAAAGUUGCCUUGCUACAUCAGAAGUACAGAGGCCUUACUCCUCCUGAUGCAGAAAUGCUAUACAUGCAAGAAGUAGAGAGAAUGGAGGGCUAUGGUGAAGAGACUUAUCCUGCAAAGGACAGCCAAGGAAGUGACAUAUUCAUUGGAGCAUGUCUUGAUGGUAUCUUUGUGAAACACAAAAAUGGUCGUCCUCCUGUUGUAUUUAGGUGGCAUGAUAUUGCCAACAUGUCCCACAACAAAUCCUUUUUCGCAUUAGAGCUGGCAAACAAAGAAGAGACAAUCCAAUUCCAAACUGAAGAUAUGGAAACAGCAAAAUAUGUGUGGAGGAUGUGUGUGGCUAGACACAAAUUUUACAGAUUAAAUAAAUGCAGCCUACAAACCCAGACUGUUACAGUGAAUCCUGUUAGAAGGCGGUCUUCGUCCAGAAUGUCUAUGCCCAAGCCUCAGUCUUACAUGAUGCCUCCACCACCUCAGCUUCAUUACAACGGUCAUUAUACUGAACCAUAUGCAUCAUCCCAAGAUAACCUCUUUGUGAGCAAUCAGAAUGGAUACUACUGUCACUCUCAGACUAGCUUGGAUAGAGCCCCUCAUGACUACACUGGUCGGAUCCGCAAUGGUAGUGUCUAUAGUGCACACAGCACAAACUCCUUGAACAAUCCACAGCAUUACUUGCAGCCAUCCCCCAUGUCCUCUAACCCAAGCAUUACUGGAAGCGAUGUCCUCAGAGCUGAUUAUGUACCAUCUCAUAGACAUAGUGCACUAAUACCACCCUCUUAUCGUCCCACACCAGACUAUGAAACUGUGAUGAGACAGCUCAACAGGGGAAUGGUGCACACAGAUAGGCAGAGUCAUUCAAUGAGAAAUCUUAACAUCAGCAAUUCAUAUGCUUACAGCAGGCCUGAUGCCUUAGUUUACAGUCAACCUGAAAUACGAGAACAUGCUCACUUCGCUUCACCACAAUCUAACCAUUAUCCAUUUAAUCUGAACUACAGUUUUCACAGUCAAUCCCCCUAUCCCUAUCCUGCUGAAAAGCGCCCAGUUGUUGGGGCAGUCAGUGUGCCUGAGUUGACAAAUGUGCAGCUCCAGGCUCAGGACUAUCCAGCACCAAAUAUAAUGAAGACCCAAGUCUAUCGACCACCUCCCCCAUACCCAUACCCAAGACCUGCAAAUAGUACUCCAGACCUUUCACGUCAUAUCUACAUUAGCAGCAGUAAUCCAGAUCUUAUCACAAGGCGAGUGCACCAUUCUGUCCAGACGUUUCAGGAAGACAGCCUGCCUGUGGCACAUUCUCUUCAGGAAGUCAGUGAACCUCUAACAUCAGCACGCCAUACUCAGCUGCAGAAAAGGAACAGUAUUGAAAUAGCAGGCUUGACUCCCAGCUUUGAAGGAAUAAGAAUUAAAGAGAGGACCAUGUCAGCUUCUGCAGCAGAUGUGGCUCUUCCAAGAGUUAUUUCAGAAGGGUCACAGCCCAACAUUCUGAUGGAGAGAACAAAGCAAAAAGAAAGUGAGCAAGAAGAGGGUGUAAACUGUGAUCAUAAGAAAACCCUUUCAGAUGCCACUAUGCUGAUUCACAGCAGUGAGGAAGAAGAAGAAUUUGAAGAAGAAAACAAGGCUAGUACAAGCCUUUCUCCCCUCCCUGAAAAUCAAACUCAACUUUCAUCUGUUAUGGGUGGUUAUUCUCGUGAUUCAGUACUCAGCUACCCUUACAGCUCUGUUGCUUCGUCUGCUGGACCUUUGCAUAUUCUUGAGCCUAAAUUACAUAUUACAGAGACAGAAAAGAGAGUGAAAGAUAUGAGCCCCAUUCAUUUACUAGUAGAAAGUCAGGUACAGAGAAGAGGGGAAGGACUGCUUACUCCAUCUAUGUCAGAAUCUGAUCUUACAACAUCGGGGAGAUACAGAGUAAGAAAAGAUUCAUUAAAGAAGAGACCUGUGUCCGAUCUUUUGUCUGGGAAGAAGAACAUUGUGGAAGGCCUUCCCCCACUAGGUGGUAUGAAAAAGAACAAAAAUGAUGCAAAAAAAAUAGGGCCUCUAAAGCUAGCUGCCAUGAAUGGACUAGCUUUGACUAGAAUGCCUCUGCGAGAUGAGGGGAAGGAAGAAUCAACAAGAGCAACAAAUGAUGAACGGUGUAAAGUUCUGGAACAACGGUUAGAGCAGGGGAUGGUGUUUACGGAGUAUGAGCGCAUUCAGAAAAAAAGACUUACAGAUGGUGAGUGCUCGAUAGCUCGGCUCCCUGAAAAUGCUGAAAGAAACCGGUUCCACGACGUGCUUCCUUAUGAUGAUACCAGAGUAGAGCUAGUCCCAACCAAAGAAAAUAACACGGGUUACAUCAAUGCAUCUCAUAUCAAGGUCUCUGUUGGAGGCACAGAGUGGGAUUACAUUGCUACACAAGGCCCUUUGCAGAAUACAUGUCAGGAUUUCUGGCAGAUGAUCUGGGAACAAGGGAUUGCCAUCAUAGCUAUGGUGACAGCGGAGGAAGAAAGUGGGCGAGAAAAAAGCUUCAGAUACUGGCCACGUCUUGGUUCAAGACACAACACUGUAACAUAUGGAAGAUUUAAAAUUACCACACGAUUCCGUACUGAUUCAGGCUGCUAUGCAACUACGGGUUUGAAGAUUAAACAUCUUCUCACAGGACAGGAAAGAACAGUUUGGCAUCUGCAGUAUACUGACUGGCCAGAGCAUGGCUGUCCAGAGGAUUUAAAGGGAUUUCUCUCAUACUUGGAAGAGAUACAGUCAGUGCGACGCCAUACGAACAGCACUGCGGAUCCUAAAAACUCCAAUCCUCCUGUACUGGUACAUUGCAGUGCAGGUGUAGGACGAACAGGAGUGGUCAUACUGUCAGAGAUCAUGAUUGCUUGCCUGGAACACAAUGAGAUGCUGGACAUCCCACGAGUGCUGGACAUGUUGAGACAGCAGAGAAUGAUGAUGGUGCAGACUCUUUCACAGUACACUUUUGUCUAUGGAGUUCUCAUUCAGUUUCUCAAAAGUUCUAGACUCAUAUAGUCUCUGCCACUUCCUAAAGAGCACUGCAAGAGUUUACAGAAAGACCGCUACAGUUGUCCAGGCAGACCUGCUCUCACUGGUGUUUUCUUCAUAUGAAGAAUCACAGUUACCUUUUAGGGUUGGUAUGUGACUGCUAAAUGCAAGUCAGCGUAACAGUCCCUGCAAAGUAGGAUCUUCACUGGACUAAAUUCUUCCUAUGUUCAGCUGCAGUCAUAUUAGGGACAAAUUUACUUGUACUGCUCUGUAGUACUUGCAUAUAUUCUUUAGAGUGGUGUUACUCUGGUCAAAAUAAGUAUAUUAUGGAAUGGAAGUACAUGGCACAAUUUUACUAAUGUCGUUUUAAAACAUAAUUGUUAACUGUGUGAAAGCUAAACUCUGAAGGUGCACAUGGGGUGAGAAGCCUGCUCCUUGGGAAU